UUUCAUAUAGAGGUGAUUUACCAUCUCCGCUAUUACUCCCGUCGGGGUUUCUGUGAUCGAAGCUCUGGCGAAGCACCGGCCCUCACUCUAAUGGAUCUGCCUGUCUCCGAUCUCGGCCCUAUCAGAAAUUCUGGCGCCGCCUCUUUAUCAUGCCCUCACUGCGACGCUGAGCUCGUCCACAAGAUUGCCCAACUUCUCCUUCCCGGCCUCGCCACUGCCUGUGUUGACUCCACCACCGGCGAUUUCUUCCGCACCCCCGCCAUCGUCGCGGUCGAUAUACGCAAGGAGAUGGUCGAUUACCUCAACCACCGCACCGAAACUUACAUCUCCGAUCUCCUCCUCGCCCAUGAAUCCCCUGGCGACAGCAGCGCUAACCACUCCGAACCCGUCGACAUUAUCUCAGACCUAAUCGAAGACUUCACCGCCUCCAAACGCAACAUCUUUAGCCGCGUCUCCGGCUGGAUCCUCAGCGACACUCGCGACGACAGGAUCGAUGACUUCGUCCAAGAAAUGGAUACGAAUCGUUUUUGGUCGAUCGACCGCCGCGAGGUGAUCUCCGAGGUUCUGCUUCGAAACCUAGAUUAUAAAAGUAAGUCGCAUUGCUCGAUGAGAUUUGAUGAAGAGCGGGAGCUGGAGGUGCAUAGGAGGGAGUGUGAGUUUCGGCCAGUAGCUUGUGGGAAUGAGGGGUGUAAGGUGAAGUUCUGCGCGGUGCGUGAGGAGGAGCAUGACGGGGCUUGUGCGUACAAGGUGUUGUCAUGUGAUCAAAAGUGUGGGGAGAUGGUAUUGAGAAGGGAGAUGGAUCGGCAUUGUGUUACUGUGUGUAAGAUGAAGUUGACGAAUUGUCCGUUUUAUCAGGUUGGUUGCGAAUCUGGGAUUCCAAGGUGUAGGGUUGAGGAUCAUUGUAGGGAUGAGCUGCAGAGGCAUUUGAUAUGUGUUCUUCCAAUUAUUCAUCGGGAUGAGGUUGGGUUGGAAGAUGCGUGGAAAGAGCGUGCUACAGCGCUGGCAGAGGCACAAAGUGACAAUGAGCUUGCAGAAGCUUUGAAUGUGAGAGCUCUGGUCACAGCGAUCAAGAACUUGGAAGCAAAAGUAAGCCAACAUCUCUAAAGAAUUAACAGCUAAAGUACAAAAAAUUUUGUUCAUAAUGCAAAAGAUUAUUUUCCCUUUUUAACGAAGGAAAAAAGCACCACUUAUAUGAUUGGAUUUUUUUCCUCUCAUUUUAAUGAAAAAGUAAUGGUUUGUUUACAA